CACCCACGUACUCACUGGCUUACGCCAGUCAGGUGCAACAGAAAUAGCGAUCAUGCUCCUAUGCUGCAUGAUACUCUCUUUCUUUUCUUCACCAACUUUCUUUCCUUCCCUGUUUUUUUCUUCUUAACAGCCCAACCUUUAAAACUACUGCCACAGUAACAAGCUAAACAUUACACAUGCGUUCCAAAUUCCAAGACGAGCAUCCUUUCGACAAACGCAAGGCAGAAGCAGAGCGUAUUCGUGAAAAGUAUCCAGACCGGAUUCCCGUCAUAUGCGAAAAGGUCGAAAAGAGCGAUAUUCCUACGAUUGACAAGAAAAAGUACCUUGUACCAGCCGACUUGACCGUGGGUCAGUUCGUAUAUGUCAUCCGAAAGCGUAUCAAGCUAAGUCCUGAGAAGGCCAUUUUCAUUUUUGUCAACGAGAUAUUGCCUCCCACUGCAGCACUGAUGAGCGCAAUUUAUGACGAACACAAAGACGACGAUGGUUUUCUGUAUAUUACAUACUCUGGCGAGAACACCUUCGGUUAAGCGAGAAACGCAACUCUUUUUUUUCUUUUCUUAAAUAUCCCAUCUUUCUCAUAUACAAACACCUAAGCACGAUUUGAUUGACGCACGCACCGAGAAGGGCCAACUAUUCCACGUUGUCAGUAGCAAGAAGAUGAUGCAAUAGAUUGUUGAUGUUAAUGCUUCAGGAACGUAGGAUUAUUUGGUCAUUGUAUAAAGUGAAACUUACUAUAUCUUACCAAUGAU